GAGCAAACGGUUAAAGCUCUUCGCGAGGAACACAAGGAACUGAAGGACAAGAUUGAGAGCACCGCCGCCUCCGCCGCCGUCUCAGACCACCAGCCGAUUGCGCCCGAAGUGAUCGCACCUCCCGUUCCGCCCAAAAGAAGUUUAAGGAAACGAGUUUGGGAUGAAAUGGUUCACUAUUACCACGGAUUUAGACUACUAUUCAUUGACAUCGGCGUCGGUUCGCGACUUGUAUACAAAGUGUUGAACGGCGAAGACCUGACCCGUCGAGAGCACCGGCAACUCGUGAGGACCACUUCAGACGUGUUUCGUUUGGUUCCGUUCUCUGUGUUCGUAAUCGUUCCGUUUAUGGAGUUAUUGCUACCCGUAUUCCUCAAGUUCUUCCCUGGUAUGCUUCCCUCCACUUUUCAGACAUCAUCGGCACAAGAAACGAAGAUGAAGAAGGAGUUGAAGCUGAAGCUAGAAAUGGCAAAGUUCUUGCAAAACACUUUGGAUGAGAUGACACUUCAGGCCAAAGGCGAGACUCACUCUAAUAAAGCCAAAGAGUUUGCGCUUUUCUUCAAUAAGAUCCGCAACACUGGCCAACAGGCGAGUAAUGCAGAAAUUAUGAACUUUUCCAAACGAGAUCACUUUGGACUCGCUAUCGAGGCCUCAACUCUCGGCUCUCUGUCGUCUCUUAGAGUUACAACCGAUCGGAACAAACAAUUUCUUGCGAUUUCAAUUAUGAACUUUUCCAAGUUAUUCGAAGACGAGAUCACUUUGGACUCGCUAUCGAGGCCUCAACUCUCGGCUCUCUGUCGUCUCUUAGAGUUACAACCGAUCGGAACAAACAAUUUCUUGCGAUUUCAGUUACGAAUGAAACUGAGAAGUCUUCAGGCGGACGACCAGAUGAUCCAGAAGGAGGGCGUCGACAGCCUUACAGUGCCUGAACUCAUACAGGCCUGUCGUGCCCGAGGUAUGCGGGCUUUGGGCAUAUCUGAGGUCAGACUUCGGUCACAAUUGUCUCAAUGGCUGGAACUAAGCCUUAACGAGAAGAUCCCGCCCUCACUCUUACUGCUCUCUAGACUGCUAUAUCUGCCCGAAAAUAUUGAAGCCGUGGAUCAGUUGAAGGCUACGAUCCAAUCACUGCCCGAUUCCGCCGGAACUGAAGCGCGAUAUAAGAUCGGAGAAACAGAAGGAAAAAUCGACAAUAAGACGAAAAUAGAAUUAAUUCGUUUGGAAGAGGAGGCCAUCAAACGCGAGAAGGAAGAAGAAGAACAGGUUAGCCAACAGAAGGCUAAAGACCGCGAACUCCUGAUCGAUAAAGCGGUUGAUUUGGAGGAAAAGCUAAAGCAGAAACUGGCAGAACAGCAACAGUUGUCUAAACAAGACAUCGCAUCCAUAGAGAGUGCUCUCGAAGACAUCGCUAAAGAGAAGAACCAACUCUUGAUUGAAAAGGAAGAGUUUGACGACUUGAAAGAGGAAUUGAAGGAUUAUAAGGAAGACAUUCAGGAGUUUGAAGAGAUUAGUGUCCAAACGGGUCAGAAAGAGCUAAAGGAAAGUAAAGCCGCCCAACGAUUGAGAAAUAAAGUAAACAAAAUGGUCAACAAAAUGGAUAAUUUGUUUACGGGUUUGGCGUCGAAGAAGGAAUCGCUUCAACAAAAAAUUGAUAUUCUGUCCAAAGACGGGAAGACUAUAGAGAGUGAAAGUAAAGAUGUGAUUAGCAUUAAUGAGUUGUUGGGCGCCAUCAGUAGACUCCAGAAAGUGGGCGAUGAAACCAAAUUAGAGCGCAUUCUCGAAGUGUUGGACAAUAUGGACGUCGAUCACGACGGGAGUGUCGAAGUGGAACACGUCGUUAAAGUGUUGGAACUGUUGGGUCGGGAGAACGUGAAUGUGUCGUCAAAUCAAGUGAAAGAAUUAAUGAAUCUUUUGAUACAAGAAGAGAAACUCGAAGACGAGAAGAAGAAACUGAAAGAAGAGUCAAACAAUCAAUCGGUAGACAAACAAUCGGUUAAACAAAAUGAUAACAAAGACACGAAGACAUAGACAGAAC